AUGAGGAGGGAAUAAAGUUACAGAAGUUGCUGCUCCUCCCACAGCCAAGAAGAUCCUCCUUUAUAGCUCCAAGCUGCUUCUACUGUAAGUGCAUACGCACACGCGCGCACACACACACAUACACACAGAGUCAGGCAGUAGGGGCUGUCUGACAAAAUCAGGAUAUGACAUCAUUCACAGGAAGAAAAGCCAAACAACUUUUCUCUCUGCUUAUCGAGUCUUAUUUGUUUUCAGACUGCUCAGGUUUUCUGAUGAGUUACUGAGACCAAACUCUUCAGACAGCGGUGCAAUCCGUGUCCUCUGGCUGCGAACUGGAGGCAGAGAUUUUCUCCUGAGCUUUCCCAUAGUUCCCCACAGCAUUCCAAGCAUUCAGGACGGGACUUGAGCCAGCAUCACCAGUUGAUGAAACAGGAGACUUCAUCUCAUCUAUCCUGACGUUUCUGCUGGAGAUUCUACUAUUUGCACAAGCUGUAGAAGCAUGGCUCUCUGCCUUGGUCAAGUGUUCAGCAAAGACAAGACGUUCAGGCCUCGGAAGCGCUUCGAGCCUGGCACGCAGAGGUUCGAGCUGUAUAAGAGAGCCCAGGCAUCACUGAAGUCAGGCUUGGACCUCAGGAAGGUGGUUCAGCUGCCUGAUGGAGAGAACAUUAAUGACUGGAUUGCUGUGCAUGUGGUAGAUUUCUUUAACCGCAUCAACCUGAUCUAUGGAACAGUUAGCGAAUUCUGCACAGAGAGAAGCUGCCCUGUCAUGUCUGGAGGCCCUCGCUAUGAGUACAGAUGGCAGGAUGGAGACCAUUACAAGAAGCCCACCAAACUCCCAGCCCUCCAGUAUAUGAACCUGCUGAUGGACUGGAUUGAAUCGCUCAUCAACAAUGAGAAUAUCUUCCCUACACGCAUAGGGGUUCCUUUUCCGAAGAACUUCCAGCAGGUCUGUAAAAAGAUUCUAAGUCGGCUCUUCCGUGUGUUUGUGCACGUUUACAUCCACCACUUUGACAGCGUCUGCAACAUGGGAGCUGAGGCUCAUGUCAACACCUGCUACAAACACUAUUACUACUUCAUCUCUGAGUUUAGUCUCAUUGAACACUCCGAACUGGAGCCACUGAGAGCCAUGACAGAGAGAAUCUGUAACUGAAGCAGGUGGACAGUGAAGUAACACCUAAAAGCAGACUGCCGAUGUUCAAACACCAAUGGUCCAAGCAUCUCGUAUUCUUAAAUCUUCAUUUUUAAUAUAUUUGACCUAAGGUUCGCCUUGUUGUAUUAGGAUAUUAUCCUACUAAAUGAGCCUAAGUAGAGCUGUAGCUGACUUGAUAUUCCCAAAAAAUGUGGGGGUUUUUUUAUGGUUAAAAUAUGCUAUAUGAGCCAAUAUCCUAAUAUGUCUUUUUUUUUUUUUUUUUUUUUUUUUUUUUUUACACAUCAGACUGCAAAAGAACCUUAAAAUAUAUAGGAUCAUAAAAUAGUUGCCCAUUUUUUUCACUUUUAUUCACUGUUUAAAACUACAAAAUGUCAGCCAGUGUCUGAAAACUUUUAUACACUCUAUAUGUGAAAGCUAAAUGAAGUUUUUAUGCAGCAUGUUUACAUGUCUAAGAUUUGAAAUCUGACUCGAAAAUAUUCAGUGUUAUCAUGUUUGCCCCUGAGGAGUAUACUGGCUUAUCCUUUGUGUUUCUGAAACUGUGCUGGGGCAUGUUAAACGCUCGGGCAGCUUGAAACAUGACAUUCUUGUUCAGUCUAAUACAAAUACCACUGCCAAUGUGGUAUUUAA